CACUGCUCUCAUUAGUUACAGAUGCAGUCACCUGCCACUCACAGGAGACUGAUGCCAGAAAACUGAGAGUUUCCACUGCUAUUUCUGUUUACACUCAGGAGACACUUGAAGAAUGGCUCAGAAACUGUGACUGGAUGUAAACUCAGUGGAAUUUUAUCGUACUGCUGGGAACAAUGCAGACAACAGGAGGAAUUCAGCCACAUCAGCAGCUUAGGGGACUGUAGCUUGAUUGUCAAAGGGAUUCUUUUUGCCAAAGUGAAGAAACAUGGCCAGUAUGGCGGUUCAACUCCUCGGCUUCUUCCUGUGCCUGCUGGGAUUUGGAGGCACUGUAGUCGCAACUGUGCUCCCCCAGUGGCGCAGCACAGCCUAUGUGGGCUCCAACAUCAUCACAGCUACGGCCUUUAUGAAAGGCCUGUGGAUGGAGUGUGUAUGGCACAGCACUGGCAUUUAUCAGUGUGAAGUCUACAGGUCUCUGCUGUCACUGCCACAAGACCUGCAGGCUGCCCGAGCACUUAUGGUAAUCUCCUGUAUCACUUCAGUCCUGGCUUCCUUGGUUUCUGUAAUGGGGAUGAAGUGCACCCGCUUUGCCCGUGGCUCACUCAUCAAGUCUCCUCUGGUGCUAAGUGGGGGGGUUUGUUUCAUCUGUGCUGGCCUGCUCUGUCUUGUCACUGUGUCCUGGACCACAAAUGAUGUCAUCAUGGAAUUCUAUAAUCCCUUCCUCUCCAAUGGAAUGAAGUAUGAGAUUGGCCUGGCGGUCUAUCUCGGAUACGCCUCUGCCUGCCUCAGUCUGAGCGGUGGACUGGUGCUGUGCUGGAGCAGUUGUGCCCAUAGAUCACAGGCACCCCACCAUAUGCAAAGAAACCAACCAACAUCAGCCCCCCCUGCCUUCAACAACAUUUAUCCUCCUGCUCCACCCUACAAGCCCCCCGAGGCCCUGAAGGACAAUCAUGCUGCUUCACUUUGCUCCCUUUCCAGCAGUGGCUACAGGCUCAAUAACUAUGUCUAAAGCUGGAGAAACUCUAACAGAAUAGAUUUUAAGCAACAGAGGGCUUGAAAAAAGAUACUGCUGAUAACUGAAGUAGCUCAUAUGGCUGGCCCUCCUGUGGAAAAUACUAUGUUUGUUAAAACUCUGAUGCCAGCUUUUGAAGACAAAUCACAAACAUUUCCAGAUUUCUUCCUAAAACAUGACUGCUAGAAAACGCCUUAAAAGAAAAGAAAAAAAACUCUUAAUCACAGUGUGUUAGUGUGAGGGAGAAAUGAGACUUGUUUGCCUGCUGCUGUGCACCAGGCAGACCAGAAGAUGGCAACAUUUAACUGUGAAUGGUCACCCAAGAGUCCACGUUCUGUGAUGUUCAUAUUACAGUUUUUCUCAGUCACUCUGGUACAUUUCUCGAAUCAUCCUCGACAUUUGCAAAACAGUAAGUGCAUUUCUCAAAACAAUUCGUACAAAUAGCAAAACACCACGGAUUACCUGCAAAAGCCAGUCUCUUGCUCAAAAUCCUUAGUUCAUCUCUCAAAAGUAAAUAUCUGUGUCAAUGAACAUGUCAGUGCCAUCAGAAUGACAAGUCCUUGUGUCACUGUAUACGGAUAAGACAGUCAAAUUGCUUAGUCAUGUUGUCAAUAUAUCAGUGUACUCUGGAGGAAUGUUCUGAUGUAAACUAUGGCUAAAGUUUUGAUUACAAUUAUUGUAAAUUGCAAGUUACACCUUAGUGUAUGAGGGAGACUGAUUGCAAGAGACUGGACAAGAUUCACAUUUAAGCUUUUACUGUUUGUACUGUAAUUUGUUGACGGACGAUGUCAUUGCGAUACAGAAAGGAAAAGACAGCACUGCAUACCACAAAGAAAAAAAGUAGAAAUGUGAACAUAGGACAAUCUUCUUAGGGAAGACUGUACAUGCAGUGCUGUAGGAAUUACAGUGCAGUCUUCUGUUGGGCCACAAAUUCUCAUCCACAUCACAACGAAUAUCUUCUCUUUCGAUGUGGCAUGGAAAGAAUCUUUUAGAAUGUCUUAUCCAGCCUCUGCAGGUAUCUGCUGUGAUGUCAUCACAUGCUGCAUCCAUGGCGGCCAGAAGGGUCAUCUGUGUAUGUGGUUGGCGGUCAUAUACUUUCAAUCUCCAUGCUGAGAAAAUUCCUCAAUCAUCAAAUUCUGCACAGUCAAAUUCCUCGAUUAUUGAUUGAUCAAAUGCUUCACACGUUUCCCUUCAUUAGAGAAAGUCAAGAUUCACCUGGGAGCAAUUACAAAUUCAGGACAGUUUUAGGAAAAAAAGUUUAAUGGAAAUGUAUAGAAAUAUGCUUGACAUAUUAUGACAACAUGUUCAACCAUUUUGCAUGUAAAGACUUAUGAGAUGAACUAAUGCCUAAAUGUUGUGGGGGGUGAGACUAUUCAGCAGAGACCCAUUAUAAUACAUUUUGAUCAACAUGACAUAAGCAAUUGAUAAUGUAGGAAACAGCAGAGAAUCGUACAUAAUCAUUUGCAUGGAUGUACCAAAACUGCUUUUUUGAAGUGUACAAGUGACACAAUGAUGUGAAGAUUAAACAAGUAGUUUUGAGAAUUUCAAUCCUGAUCUGAGAAAUGUACCAAAGCGACUGAGAAACACUGUGAUGGAUAAAUAAUUGUUCUGUCAUGUCCUUUUGUAACCUACCCUGGUGUUGGGAUCAAGUCUCUUUGAGAGUCAAAUCUAAUGCAGUAGUUUUUUUGUUUUGUUUUUUUUUUUCUGUAAAAUUGAUGGCAUAUUGUUCGAGCUUUAA